AUGGAUAAAGAUAGUGUUAUUGCGGAUACUCGCGGCGAUGCGAGUUCGGUGUCCACAGGGUCUGUGAAGGAGGAGCCAGUGCGCACUAAUGCCUUUGGUCAAAGGUUCCCCACUGGUGUGGAAUUGUGGGCGCCGCUGGGGUCGCUGGUGCUGUGCCUGUUCCUAGCCGCUUUGGAUGUGAUGACCGUGUCGACGAUUAUCGAGGAAGUGUCACAGAAGUUCGGGGACUACUCUAAGGUCGGGUGGCUGUUCACUGGUUACUCUCUGCCAAAUGCACUGCUGGUCCUGAUCUGGGGUAGGAUCGCUACUUUGGUUGGGUUCAAGACUUCCACGCUGGCGGCUAUUGUUAUUUUUGAAGUCGGCUCCUUGGUGUCGGCGCUAGCUAACUCUAUGGACAUGCUUAUCGGUGGAAGAGUCAUUGCAGGUAUCGGUGGGAGUGGUGUGCAGUCACUGGUGUUCGUCAUUUCCUCGACUCUUGUGGAAGAGAGAAACAGAGGUCUCAUCAUCGCGGUUAUGAGCAGUUCGUUCGGUAUUGCCUCAGUGGUCGGCCCAUUCCUCGGUGGUGCUUUCACAACGCAUGUGACUUGGAGGUGGUGUUUUUACAUUAAUCUGCCUGUUGGUGGUCUGGCCUUCUUCUUGUUUCUGACUUUCUACAACCCGGAGAAAUGGGUAGUCAACAAAGACACCGCUGAAGAUGAGGUUGUCGGAAACGGCAGAUUGGGAUUAUUGAGUAUCUUAGGUGGCCAAGCCGUGAGGUUUGUCAAGUCUGUUGGUGUUCAAUUGGCUAAAUUAAGAUACCCUGGGACUUGGAGAAUCAUAGCCCGCGAAUUGUUUUACAGAUUCGAUAUUGUGGAGUUUGUGUUCAUGACACUAGGAUCUGUCCUGAUCCUGUUAGCAUUCACAUUUGGUGGUAAUAAAUAUAAAUGGAACUCCGGCUCAACAAUCUCAAUGUUCGUGUUAGGUAUUCUGUUCACCUUGGGCGCCUUCGUCUACGACUUCUUUAUUUACCCAAAAUUUGAAGCUGUGAAGACUGUGCCACAUUACCAGCCACUGAUGUCCUGGAAUAUCUGUAAGAAACCAGGUGUCUGGUUGUUCAACAUUGCAGUAUUUUUUGUAGCCUGUGCGUUUUCCAUCCAGACAAACUACAUUAUUCAAUACUUCCAAUUGGUUUUCAAUGACACUGCAUGGAAAGCUGCCAUUCAUCUUAUUGCUACUGUGGUUCCUGUGGUUAUUACCGUUGUUUCAAGUGGUAUUGUCAACAGUAAGACAGGAUAUGUCAAGCCAAUUGCUAUCUUUAGUGGUGUCACAGGUAUCAUUGGUGCAGGUCUUUUGACAUUAUUAGACAAUCAUGCCUCUAGCGCUAAAAAGAUUGGUCUACUAAUUCUGCCAGGUGUGACAUUCGGUGCCAUUAUGCAAAGUAGUAUUAUUGGUGUUCAGAUUUUACUAGAUAAGUCCUCACCAACGUACAGAUAUGAUUUUAUUGCUGUGACAACGCUGAACGCAUUCAUCAAGAACAUCGGCCAAGCUUAUGGCGCUGUUCUAUGUGACACGGUGUUCAGUGCAUCUGCGAUUAAUUUGAUGAAGAAAAGACAUGUCAGCCUACCUGGUGGCUACGAGACUAGCGCCAACAACCUAAUCAUUGCCAGGAGAGAGUACUUUGACGGGCCUACAUCAGCUAUCGGUAACAUCAUCAGUGAUUCCAUCAUUAAUGUUUUCUACAUGGCCCUCGGUAUGUUCGCCGUUGUAGUCGUAUGUGUAGUGUUCGUCUCCAACAAAAAAGUUGACAUUAGAAAACCAGAGGAUAUCAAGAGGCAACAAGAAGAGGAUCCUGAGAAGCAGGAUCAAAAUAAAGACUUCAAAGAAGACUCCGAAUAA